AAGUCGCAGCCCAUGUUAGGAAAUGUUCUCCCAGGGGCGCUGCUGCAGCCGCGGCACAGUGCGCCGGACAGCUCAGGGUGGUGAUCGCACACGGCCAGGAGGGAUCUCUCUCAGACCGCAUCCAUAGUAAGAAGAAGAAGAAGAAGAAGAGGAGGAAACAUUCAGCGACAUGGCUCAAGCGAAAAUACAGUCGAAAAUGACCGAACCUCAGUGCGCCAAGUUCAGCCGGACGCUGUCCAUGGCAGACCGGUCCGGACGACUUCUGGAAACUUUGGAUCAGCUGGAAAUGAGGGUGGAGGCUCUACGCGAGGCAGCAUCGGCCAUGGAGCAGGAAAGGGAGUGCAUCCUGGAAACGCUCCAGUCCAUUCAGAACGGACAAGAAAUGCGUAACAUCUGCGCUGGUGAGAAAGAAGAGUUAGAGCUUACUGCGAACCGUCUGAUGGGCCGCACGCUGUCAGUGGAGAUCUCUGUCGGCACCAUCAGAAGCCCCAUGCAGGAGGAGGCGCUGAACAAGGCCACCGCCAUCAUCGACGAGCUGGUGAAGAAGCUGCUGGACGACAUGGAGUGCGGCCGCCAGCGGCUCCUGGCCCUGCACGCCGCCUGCGUGACCGAGGCCCCGCCGUGCCCCAUCGACCAGAAGUUCCAGGCCAUCGUGAUCAGCUGCGCCCUGGAGGACCAGAAGAAGAUCAAGCGGCGGCUGGAGACUCUGAUGCGGAACGUGGAGAACGCCGAGAAGAACAUCAAGAUUAUGGAUCACCAGAAACUGGAGCAACCCAAAGCCAAUGGCUGUUAAUGAGAUUCGUCACCAAGACAUAGAAAAAAAAAACCAAAAUGUCUUUAAUACCACUAACCUCACCGACAACUGUUGUGCACCUGCUCUAACUCUGACAGCGAUGUAGCAGCCAGCGAGUCCUUAUGGGGUGAAAUCACAGUGAGGCUGAAGCUGAGGGCCAAUAAUCCAGUAAAGCUACAAACGAUUUUCACAUUGAUUUCUUGGCAUAAUCAAGUUUUACCUUUAAAUGAUUGCCAUUUAGGCUGCAUGACGUGUUUACCCGGUACACAGUGUGUGUUCACAUGUGCACUUAAAUAAGAAGGGAAUGACACAACAGCAUGCUCGACGAAGAAUCCCGCGGUGAAGUAUCUUACACGUCUCACCUUUUAAAAUCGGGCACCUGGGAAGGAUUUUAGAUGCGCGCACACACACACACACACACACACACACACACACACACACACACACACACACACACACACACACUACCUCCUUGUGUGAAGGCGACACAAACCGCAUGAAGCUGUGGAUUUUAGUUCAUAUUUGCACAAAGCUGUUUUUAUGUCAAAACGUGAAUAAAAAGCACAAUGUUUUUUGUCAGA